GGCCCCGUCCCGCGGUGCCGCGGGGAUGCCCGGCCGGGAGCGCGGCGGCAGCGCCCGGCUCGGCCAGGAUGAAGAAGCACCAUCACCACUCGGUGCAGGGCACCUUCAGCCGCCUCUUCGGGAAGCGCCACUCCAGCCCCACCGCCACGUCCCUGUUCGCCACCAACCCGCCCUGGAUCUUCACGCAGGAGGUGACCUCGGACAGCGCGGGUGGCACCGGUGAUGUGAUCGAGGUGUAUUACGGUGACAAUCGCUUUGGGACAGUGACAGACUCUGGCACAGCAACGCUUAAGCCCCGUCCAAGGGUCCGGCCGCUGCUGACGUUCCUGCCCCUGAACGCCCAAGAAUCCCAUGGGGUGGCUGUGCCAACGCCGUCGGUGCCAGAAGACUUUGAGGAAAAGGCAGCUCUUGGCUCUGGCUCCCAGGUCAAUGGCAAUUAUCGGAUUUACAGCUCGGUGGGGGACCUGCGCCCGCAGGCCCUCGACGGGGAUGACAUGGAUGAAGACAUCCCCCCACCGCCAUCGGUGCCCCCACCACCCCCUCCAGCAGCACCGGUGCCUGUGCCACCCCCUCCGGCCUCGCCGGUCCCUCCACCCCCCGAAAUGCUGCCACCGCCACCGCCACCUGAGAUUGUGCCACCACCUCCUGCCGUGGCAGCCCCGCCGCCUCCCACCUCUGCCCUGUCCUCCCCCAGCACUCCGGCUCCUCCAGACUUCAUCCCACCAGCCCCGCCGGGUGCCCGGGACCCCGCACCCUUCGCCCCCAGCAUCUCCAAGUGGAAGUCGGAGACGGUGCUGAACACGAGGCAGGCGGAUGCCGAGGGGCCGCUCUGCCCUGCCGAGGCCGGGGCGCCUGCAGCCCCCAGCCCCAAGGAGAGCCUGCAGCCCAAGCCCGAGCCCCACCUCACCUUCCCCAGGUCGUUCAAGGUGCCGCCGCCGGCCCCGGCGCGCUCCUCGUCCAUCCCGGUGCAGGAGGGCCAGCCCGGCCGGCAGGAGCCCAUCCCCAGGCAGCCGCACGCCCGGCCUCCCCUCCCACCCUGCUUCACCAUCAGACCCGCGGCCAAGGCGCGGCUGGGAGAAGCCGAGCAGAGAAAUUCCGGGCUUAGACAGGGCGUUGGGAAGCCAGCUGUACCCCCUCCACUGAGCCCCAAGCCGGGCCCAGGGCUCAGCCAAGGGGCAAAUGCCACCGGCCACCGGUCCCUGCUGCCGGGCUCAGAGGGGGAGAAGAUUCCCCAGCUGAAAACAGCUGGGAGAGACUCCCCUCCAAAAUCUGAACCUCUCACUGCGAACGACCUGGAUCUCCCUCCUCCGGACUAUCCGACCUGCGAGGAUGACUGGAAGGAUGCCAACAACCUGAACAGGCUGCGGGAUGAGCUCUCGGCCCUGCUGCGCUCCCCGCGCCGGGAGGAGAGGCCUCUGGAGAAGCUGGGUGCUCCCCAGCCCAUGGACAGCAGUACCAGCCGUGCUGGCAGCCGUGAGCCAGGGCUCAGCCAGCCCCAGCUCACCAGGAAGGACACGGAGUUAUCCAAGGGAGGGGAGAGCGAGAAGAAGGAGGUGCCCAGCAGCCCCCCCAGCACCAACGGGGGCUCUCUCAGCACGGCGAUCACCGGCCCAGAGAGCAACCCUGCCCCACAGCCCCGCAGUGUGAUGAUGAUCAGGAACGAGCUGGAGGCUAUGCUGUCCCUGAAGAAAGAGGGGAAACCUUCCCCAGGGCUCAGCAGCCAGAAGCAGGGUGUGGAGAAUGGCAUCAGCACCCCGGAAGUGCGGAAGAGCCCCCCUGGUCUGAGGAAGAGCCCCCCUGGCAUGAGUGACUCAGUGGUGCCAAAACCGGUCCCCAGCCCACUCCCAACGCGGGUGGCUGCUGUGGAGAAGGGUGAGACAGAUCACAAGGACCAUCCUGCUCCUGCUGCUGGCAAGGCCACAGAGAACGUGAGCCCUGCUCCUGGGUCCCUCAACAGCAGCGUGAGCCCCCCAGACCCACCUCAGGGACCAGCAGAGGAGCCCCCUGCUCCCACCCCCCCAUCACCCCCUGUGUCCCCUGCACAGAGCCCGGCACCACAGCCCAGCUCAGCCGUCUUCCAGUACAAAGUGCACCGGGCUGGGGCCAGCUCGGCUGAGCUGCCCCAUGCCCUGGGCUCAGCUGAAACCCCCUGCCCUGGGAGCUCAGCCAGGAGCCCCCCGGACACCUCAGGAGCAGGGCAGGAGGAGGUGCUGAUCCACCCCGUGACGGGGGAGCGCGUGGAGCGGGGCUCACCCAUGGCGCUGCUGCUGGCAGCCCGGCAGCGCGCCCAGCGGGGCCGCCAGGGCGGGGACGGGGCAGCCGCGCUGAGGGCGAAGCCGCCUCUGAGACUCAGCAGUGCCUCGUCGGACACCACCUCCACCAGCUUCUUCCGCCACGAGGCCAAGCCCUACUCCUUCACCGUGGUGCCUCGGCCCUCUGCGGCCAGUCCAGCGGGCUCCGGUUGGAGCAAACCCCCCUCUUUCUCCAGCUCCUCGGAGCAGGGCCGGGACGUGCGGGCAGUUGGCGAGGCACAGCCCUCCGGGCCCCGGCGAGCCGCUGCCUCCAGCCUGCUCCGGGGCCUGCUGGACUCGGGGCAGCCGAGCCAGCCCAGCCCAGCCUGCCACAGAGUGCCCAAGGAGGAGGAGAAUGGGGACACGGCGCUGGACUAUGGGAUUAUCCCCCCACCUCCCGAAUUCAGCAACGAGGUGGAUGAGGGUCCCCUCCCAAGUCGGGAGGAGAACCGUAAGUGCCCCAGUGUCCCUGACAGCAGCCGGGGCUCAGGUGAGCCACGCUAUUUCAGGUGGUCUGGCUACAGCCGCAGCUGCGGGGGCAGCCAGGAGCCAGCAGCUCCACCGCCCUUGGAGAAGAGCUGGAGGAACGGCGACUUCACGCCCCAGUGCCUGGAUUACAGCAGCUCCACGAGUUUCUCCAGCCACGGCCCCAACCCACGCCCGCUGAUCAAGAAGCGCCUGUACAUGUCGGAGCCCGACAGCUCCUACCCCCGGGCAGCCGCAGCCCCCCGGGCCUCAGGCACCCUCUCCUCCGCCCUCUCCUCCUACAGCCCCGGGGGGUUCAGCUCCACAGCCGGGGCUCAGAGCCGCCUGGGCUCUGCCCACAGGAACGGCCCCUCGAGCGCCCAGGGCAGGCGGGCAUCCGCGGACGCUGCUGGGAAGCCCACGGCCUACGGCAGCACCGGGGCUGACGCCAAGUACAAGGGGCAGAACGGGGACUUCUCUCCUGCCAGCGUGCUGACAGCCAGCAGGCCUGCCCACGGCACCUCGCAGUACGGGGGACCCACCAACACCUUCACGGUCAGGCCGGGCACUCGCCAGCCCAUCUCCUACGCCUACCAGAGCCACCGGUAGGCCGGACCUCGGGGCUGCCCUGCUGGCGUCCGGCUGGGAAAGGGCGAGAACGCGCCUGGCUUGGUCUUUUCCUUCUCCACGGGCACCAGGGGAUGGUCCCAACCCAGCCUGAAAAUGCACUGCUUGAAACUGCUGAUGAGGAAGGUGGGGAGCGAGCCCGAGACUUGGACUUUUCUCAAAAAAGACUGUCAUGGAGAGUAGUUACUGCGGAGGGCAGGCUGCUGCCUUGUUACAUGAGCUAACGUGGUUUCCCUUUUUCCCAUUUUCCCUCCUGGAUUAUUUUCAGAAUUUCAGUCUAGGAAAGCCAAAGAGCAUCCUUAGCUCUCUUUAAAGAGUAUCACCACUGGAAAGAUGGAUUUCAGUUUGUUUUUUUUUAAUUGGGUUAACUCCAGCAUGUUUGGGAGCAGGGAGAAACCAACUUGGAGAUGUGCACAAUGGAAGCAAAGCAGUGUAUAGCUAAAUGUCAGGGAUUAAAAUAGGAAUGUGAGGCCAGUGGGAUAGGAGGAGAGUUUAGGAUGCCUAGAUCCUUACCCUUUCUGUCCUUCAGGAGUCUGGAGCAAAUGAAUUACGCCUUAAACCCAGCUCUGGGCAGUCAGGGCCUGUCCUGCCGAGCUGGGCUCUGACCCCUUCUCCAGGAGCAGUUUCGGGAGCAGGGGCCUUGCUUUGCUGUGCCUUUUGGUCACUGUAAAUGUUUCUGUUGGUAAUUAUUCCUCAUGGAAGGAGGCUGUGAGGCCUGGCUGGAUGGCUGUAAAGCACUUUGGAGACACAGGACAUGGAGCAAUCCUUUUCCUUUGGUGGGUGGGUGCCAGCGACUCGCCAAGGUGCUGUGCUGCUGGUGCUCUCCCCGAGGGGUCUCUUGCCACUUCACACCCCUGUAACCUCCCCCCAGUGUCCUUAUAAACUCUUCUACUGAGACUUGGCUUCCAUCUCUGCUUUGGGGACCAAGAAGCUAAAUUCCAGUGUGACUAUUUAUCCUCGUGGUGUGUGGGGUGUCUGCAGUGACACCCUGAAGGGAGCUGGCUCCCGGUGUUUCCCUCAGUGCUUUUCCAGGGGCUGGGUGUGCAAACCUGUCCCUGCUUCCCGCUGGUGCCUCUGAGAGCUGGUGGUGGCUGUGCAGGGGUGGGAGGUGUGAGUAGCCUUAAAGAGGGUUUUAGCCUUCAGAGUGAGCCAUGGGGUCUCACGACAGCUGACCUGAGCUGUGAAUAGCCAGCGGCCUGAAACUAGAAAUAGAGAAUCUUCCUCAUAGGUAAACUUGCUGAAAGUCACUGUAAGAUAACUGUAAAAACGUGUAGAGAAUAUUUUCUAAUCACUGACAAACUAAAAGCACUUUGAGACAUUAGUCUAUUUUUAUGGAAAGCACUUUCUAUUUUCAAUGCUAUAAAUACCACUGGUUCCACUCCAGCUUACCCUGCCUUGCACACACCUGUACGUGGCCUGCAAGCAGAUCUUGCUCUACAGUUCAGCUCAAAAUCAGGGAUAAAUUUUCCUUCACGGUGGAAUUCUCAAAAGUUAUCUUGAUACUUGUAUCAUGUCAUUGACAUUCUGUUUUAUUUCCAGCUUCACCUAAUAAUUUAACAGCCCGUUCAGAUAUUGCAGCAGCUUUAAAGUAGUCUGAACUUUACUUUGCUGUGAAUAAAAUGAAAAUGCAAAUAAAAUAAUCGGUCUAAUAGCUAAUUCAAAGGGCAUUUUUAUGCCAGUAAGUUGCAGUGACUUGGAAGAUUUCCAUUGCUCACCCCAGCCAAUAUUGAAAUCAUAAACUUUAAAUAUCCGGGUGUUGGUUUUAAAAAAAUAUUCAUGGAGAAAAGUAACUAAGGAGUAACUAUAAGGAUAUUUAAGUGUGCCAGGUGUCACGUGGAAUACCACCCGCCCCAAAAUACAGCAUCUUGAGGAUUCUUAUUCGUCUGUGGAAGUAAAUCCGUGUUCCUCUUUGAGGGGUUUCAGGGUCAUGUUUUAGUAUUGGAUGAAGUUUCACCAGUUUAACUUGAAAGAAGAAGUCACUUUGAUAACAUUGCAACUUAAUGUUUUUUUCUUCCUGAUACUUUUUUUUUCCAAAAUAGUAAGCUAUAAUUGCAAAUGAGCUCUCAAAAACAAUUUUAAGGCUGGGUGGGCGAUUUCAGCUUUUAGUAUUGACUUUGCCCAGAAGUGGGGAGGGCAGGGGGUGUGUGUGUGCAAUUUUCCACCUCAAGAAUUGGAAUCUCCCCAGCACAAGUUUUUUUCUUUUUAGAGAAAAAUGUGACACUCCCAUGGUGGCAGUAGCUUUAAAUGUCACAUUUGCUACUUCACCCAGACACACAAUUCUUGUGUAGUCAAAAUAUAGUCUUAGACACCAUGGAGUGUCUCAUUUCUAGCAGAUAAAUUUGUUUUAAUUUAGUAUUAGAAGCAUGAUAAUAUAAGUCAGCUUUAUAAAAUAGCCAUUCUUCAUUCAAGAACACCAUUCUGGGACUGCACAGGGGACUGAGCUGUCACUAAAUCAGGCUGGACUCUGCUCCCAAUUGUAGAACUGGUUAGCACGCAGGUUUUCAGUAGUGGAACACUUCUAUUCUUUAAACACUUGGGACUAUCCCUGCUUCUCCUGAAUGCAUUCAGCAAAUUCUGGUAUUUCAGUAACAACUCGACAUUGAUUCUGGGGCCAUUGUGACAAAGGAACCACUGUCAAAUUGUUGGCAGCCAAAGCACUUGGGGACAGAGUUAAAUCUCUCAUGAAAUGAGGACUGCAGGGAUGGGGAAGAGCUCCCUCUUCCUGGGGCAGACAUACUCUGUCAGGUAUGUGGAUAAACUGUCCUUGGAUUCCUGUUUCUGUUCCUCCCAGCUUUCACUAUAGACAUUUAGCAACAGAGUUAAGAAGAAACAAAACUAAGGGGUAUUAAUGGUGCAAAGCAACCUGCCUCAGCCCAGUGCUGACAGCAAUCCUGAAGCCUGAGCGUGGAAUUAUUCACUUCACCCUCUGUGCUGCAGUGUGGUCAUUUAAGUCGUGAUACAACUUAGCUGCCUCUUCCUCACACGUUCCUGCUAGGGGAGUGUAACAGAGCAUGAGCUGUAAAGUAUUGAACAAAGUCUCUUAUUUAUGAGUGCCAUUGAACACCAACCUUCUUGCAUUAAACAUUUCUGGAUGUAUUGUUUUA